CGGACACUUGGCGUGUGAGUCGCGGACUUGAGGAUGGACGGGCUGGUUGCUCAGUGCUCAGCGAGGCUGCUGCAGCAGGAAAAGGAGAUCAAGUCUCUGACUGCUGAGAUUGACCGGCUGAAGAACUGUGGUCACUUAGAAGAUUCUCCAAGUUUGGAACAGUUACGAGAAGAAAAUUUAAAAUUGAAGUACAGACUGAAUAUUCUUCAAAGGAGUCUUCAGUCAGAAAGGAAAAGAAGACCAACUAAAAAUAUGAUUAACAUCAAUAGCUGCCUGCAGGAUGUCUUUGGCUAUGCCAUUAAGGCUGCAUAUCCAGACCUGGACAACCCUCCUCUGGUCGUAACCCCGAGUCAGCAGCCCAAGUUUGGAGACUAUCAGUGCAAUAGCGCAAUGGGUAUUUCUCAGAUGCUCAAAGCAAAGGAGCAGAAAGUAAACCCUAGAGAAAUUGCAGAAAACAUUACCAAACACCUGCCGAACAAUGACUAUAUUGACAAAGUUGAAAUUGCGGGUCCUGGUUUCAUUAAUGUCCACUUGAGGAAGGAUUUUGUGUCAGAACAGUUGACUAGUCUCCUAAUAAAUGGAGUUCAACUGCCUGUUCUUAGAGAGAGAAAAAAGGUUGUCAUUGACUUUUCGUCUCCUAACAUAGCUAAAGAGAUGCACGUUGGCCACCUCAGGUCGACUAUCAUAGGCGAAAGUACAAGCCGACUCUUUGAAUUUGCUGGAUAUGAUGUGCUAAGGAUAAACCAUGUAGGAGACUGGGGGACCCAGUUUGGCAUGCUCAUCGCUCACCUACAAGAUCAGUUUCCAGAUUACCUGACGGUUUCACCUCCUAUUGGGGAUCUUCAGGCCUUUUAUAAGGAAUCUAAGAAGAGGUUUGAUACUGAGGAGGAAUUUAAGAAGCGAGCCUAUCAAUGUGUUGUUUCACUGCAGAGUAAAAACCCAGAUUUCAUAAAGGCCUGGAACCUCAUCUGUGAUGUCUCCCGUGCAGAGUUUCAGAAAAUCUAUGAUGCACUGGACAUCACUUUAAUAGAGAGAGGAGAAUCCUUCUAUCAAGAUAGGAUGAAUGAUAUUGUAAAGGAAUUUGAAGAUAAAGGAUUUGUGCAAGUGGAUGAUGGCAGAAAAAUUGUCUUUGUGCCUGGGUGUUCCAUACCGUUAACCAUAGUGAAGUCAGAUGGUGGUUUUACUUAUGAUACAUCUGACCUAGCUGCUAUCAAACAGAGACUAUUUGAAGAGAAAGCAGAUAAGCUUAUCUAUGUGGUGGACAAUGGACAAGCUGUACAUUUCCAGACAAUUUUUGCUGCUGCUCAAAUGAUUGGCUGGUAUGACCCUAAAGUAACUCAAGUGGCACAUGUUGGAUUCGGCGUGGUGCUAGGAGAAGACAAGAAGAAGUUUAAAACACGUUCAGGUGAAACUGUGCGCCUUGUGGACCUCCUAGAAGAAGGACUGAAACGGUCCAUGGACAAGUUAAAGGAGAAGGAGAGAGACAAGGUCUUAUCCGAGGAGGAGCUGACAGCUGCUCAGAGAUCUGUUGCGUAUGGCUGUAUCAAAUACGCCGACCUGUCCCAUAACCGGUUGAAUGACUACAUCUUCUCCUUUGACAAGAUGCUAGAUGACAGAGGAAACACGGCUGCGUACUUACUGUAUGCCUUCACUAGGAUCAGGUCUAUUGCACGUCUGGCCAAUAUCGAUGAUGAGAUGCUUCAGAAAGCUGCUCGGGAAACCAAGAUUGUUUUAGACCAUGAGAAGGAAUGGAAACUUGGCCGGUGCAUCUUGCGAUUCCCUGAGAUUUUACAAAAGAUUUUAGAUGACUUAUUUCUCCAUACUCUCUGCGAUUAUAUAUAUGAGCUGGCAACUACUUUCACAGAGUUUUACGAUAGCUGUUACUGUGUGGAGAAAGAUCGGCAGACGGGGAAAGUAGUGAAGGUGAACAUGUGGCGGAUGCUCCUGUGUGAAGCAGUAGCUGCUGUCAUGGCCAAAGGGUUCGAGAUACUGGGACUAAAAGCCGUCCAAAGGAUGUGAUCCUUAGGUUUGGAGACUGUUUACCAAUCAUGUGAACACAACUUCACAGUAAAGAAAUUUUCACAAUUAUCUAUACAAACUGGGUUUCUUUGUCUCUAACAGAAUUGAAACCGUCAGGUACCAGAGUUGGAGAGAAAGUGGUUUGACAGAGAUAUGUUUUCAAUAAUUUUUGUUAGACAAAGAACCCCAAUUUAUUGAGCCCUCAGAACUUAUCCUAUCUGCUCCCACUCUUUGACAUUUACCUCAAUUUUUUUUUUUUUUUUUUUUGGUUUUUUUCGAGACAGGGUUUCUCUGUGGUUUUGGAGCCUGUCCUGGAACUAGCUCUUGUAGACCAGGCUGGUCUCGAACUCAGAGAUCCGCCUGCCUCCCAAGUGCUAGGAUUAAAGGCGUGCGCCACCACCGCCCGGCCAUUUGCCUCAAUUUUACAUGUUAUAAAACUGAGGCUCCACAGAGGUCAAUAAGUUGUUCAGAUUGUUCUAGAACAACACUAUGCAUGGCUCAUCCUCAAAUUCCGUGUUAGUAAAGAUGGCAUUGGUGCAACAGAUCUUGGUCAAGGUGACAACAGUUGGCCCAGAUUAACUCCAAAUGCCCCAUUUGUCUAGUCUUCAUUGUAAGAAAAAGUCCCCUGGGCUCAGCAUGGUAGUGGUGGUGAGGAGGGCAGUCAGGAGGGACCACAGCCAUGACAUGUGGGCCAGUAACAUGCCAAGGCUUGGUAAAUGUUACUGUCCAGACUAAGAGUUUCAAGUUCAGAAGAACUUUAAUGAUGGAGACACCAUCUGUUUCUCCAGGAACCAUGGGGCAGCCUUGUAGUUUUGCACAGCCAUUCUGGCCCUCGAGUGCAGACCUCGGCUCUUCAUUCAGUGGCACAUAGGGGGAACAGUACAGGAGUGUGGAUUUAGCCAGCAUACUCACUUUAAAUGCAGGCUAGUCUUUGCAUUUCCCAAACAACUAUGUUCAGCUUUGCUAGAUACUGGAGCACAACUUAGAGAAAUGCAAACAUUAGUUCACAUGAUUUUCCUUAAGCAGUAAAACUCGAGCUAGCCUGUAUUUAGUACACUGACUAGUUUGGAGACAACAAUGCCAUAUUGCCUUCAAAAAACCUUUAACAACAUUUAAACAUAAAGGCCAUUGUGUGAUUUUAUCCUCAUUGGAUAACAGAAAAAGAAAUCUCAUGAAUCCUAACAAAAUUAUCUCUGUGACACUAAGCUUAACCUCUGCCUUAUAGGUGGUUAUAGUACAGGUAUCGCAUACUUCAGGGCACUUCAUACGUGAUUCGCUC